AUGGCGCGUGAGCCUCCUUUCGCCUUCUUGCGUGACGAUGAUGUCCGUGACUUGCUGAGGAAUGGUGGGGUCAUUGAUAAGCCAAAUGAAAUGGCCGACCACGUGUGGAAAGUGGUUGAGCUAAUGCUCAAAGCGGAUCCUUCAGAGAGGUCUCAGCUCCAGGGGGUCAUUGAUAAGCUGGAAUUCCUUGCUGAUGUUGAAACACUGGAACGUGAAGAUCUGUGGGACGCAAUGAGGACUCCGUUGACCGAUGUGAUGAAGGAUAUUUCUCGAGCUGAGGGGGUUCAGCAGAAGCGUAGCGCGGAACCUGUACACGAAGCUCGAGUGCCGAAGAAACGAAUGCGAUGCAAGAAAUCUAAGGAGUAA